UGGUUGGAAUUUUUCGCCUACAAUGAGUAAUUGCGAAGAAGAAAUGUGUUGCUUGAUCAUUCCAAUAACUUAUCAUAUGAAAAAUGGUCUAUUCUUUGCCUCCUUAUGAGGUGGAAGUAUUCUUACUUCUUACAUUUAGGUGACCUUUUUUUGUAGUUAUGGGUUGAACAUGUGCUUCCCCUGUUGGUUUAAAAUUGCACGAUGAGGACCGAAGAGGUUGUUUUCCCUGCCUGGGGCUUCGAACAUUGGGAUUUUUAGUUUCUGUUGUAGAAGAUAUAUGUUCAAUUUUUGGUUGAUUUUGCGCAAUGGGGAUGCGUUGGUGUUAUUCUUUGUCGCCAAGACAUACGAACUUCACCUUGAAUAAAGUCUCAUUUUCCUACAAAGUCAUGCUGCAUUUCAGUUGGGAAAAUGUGGUGAAGAUGCUGCAGUAUUGCCCAGUCUGGUGAACCACCAUUCUGUAUUAGUCUUUUUCUUUUUCUCAAUAAUUGGAAGAUAAUGGCUGUUUCAUCCGAGGAGCCAAUGCGAGAGAGCCAGACUGACCAUUUCCCCUUGCUUAUGGAGGGGCAUAAUAACCAAGGGAAUGAAGUACACGUUAUUGACAUAGAAAGAGGAGGUGAAGCCUCCUCUUCAGGUGCAUCUGAUUUAGAGUUUUCGCAUGGUGGUAAUCCUAAUACUGAUCACAGGGAAGCAAGUGGGAUGCAAGUACCUCCUCCAUCAUUACCUCCGCCUAGACGCACAGUUUCUAGGAGCCCGCCAUUUGUAAGGAGAAGUGAGGGAAUUGGCCGUCGGAAUUGGAGUCCUUUCAAUUCUGGCUUUUGGAUAUUCAUUGAGCUAGUAUUUACAUUGUGUCAGAUUAUAGCAUCCAUGACUGUCCUGUGUUUGUCAAGACAUGAACAUCCUCAAGCCCCAUUGUUUGCUUGGGUUGUUGGGUACACAGCUGGAUGUUUUGCGAGCCUUCCUGUACUGUAUUGGCGGUUCCUUAAUCGUAACCAAGGGGCUGAACGUGGUGCACUUCAAGGGAGUCAGGCAUCUCCUCGUGCCAAUUCAGCAUCAGCUCCAAAUUCUUACGUAACUAUAUCUUUAAGUCAGUCAUUAGAACAAGAUCAUCAUAAUGCACCUGGAACUACGUAUGAAAGUCAAACCAUGGGAAUUGCAACUUCCAGGAUUGAUUUUAUAAUGGACCACUUCAAAAUGGCAUUGGAUUGCUUCUUUGCUAUUUGGUUUGUUGUGGGUAAUGUUUGGAUCUUUGGAGGACACGCUUCUGCCGCCGAGGCUCCUAAUUUGUAUAGGUUAUGCAUCGUUUAUCUUACAUUGAGCUGCAUAGCAUAUGCCAUGCCUUUCAUAUUGUGUGCAAUGAUAUGCUGCUGCUUGCCUUGCAUAAUCUCAGUCCUUGGAAUCCGUGAGGAUCUAAACCAAGUUCGAGGAGCUACUGAAGAAUGCAUUAAUGCUCUGCCGACCUAUAGAUUCAAGUCAAAGAAAGAUGAAGGCGAUAGUACAGAACAAACUGAUUAUAACGAAGGCGGAAUAGUAGCUGCAGGAACAGAGAAGGAGCGCACCAUCUCUGGGGAAGAUGCGGUAUGUUGUAUUUGCUUGGCGAGUUAUAUGGAUAAUGAUGAGCUGAGGGAACUGCCUUGUACUCAUUUUUUCCAUGCAGAGUGUGUAGAUAAAUGGCUAAAAAUCAAUGCUACUUGUCCGCUCUGUAAAUAUGAGAUUGGUGAAAGAGAAGAGACGCCACCAACACCAGAAAACGCCGCCCGACAAACAUGAUAUAUAGAAAGCCUUGUUAUAUACCAUCUGUACAUUCUGCAGAAACGGAUCAGGAUCAGGUCAGUGAAACCAGAGUUUUUUGUCCUUUGGUUUCUAAUUUCAUGGUGGAACUUUGACAGUAAACUUCUCUCCUGAAAACACAAGUUAAACGUAGAUGAAAAGUGGGUUUCAUUUCCAGUGAUCCUCUUGAUUUUUUAUUUUUUUUGAAGAUAAAUUUAACCUUUCUUUUUCUUUUAAAUCGCGCCUUAGAUUGUGUAGGAAUGAAUGUACAGUUGAAAUCAUCCAAGAUUAUGUAAGAUGCUUGUACAGAUGGUACCUAAAUAGGCCACAAAAUUGAAGGUGUCCCGAUCUAUACGGAUGAGAAGUACAUUGUAUAAUGUGAUUUGUAGUUUCAAUAUGUAGUAGCAGAAGAUGAAACGAAGUUUUUGUUACCCAAUGACAGCCUCUAUUUAUCAAACUGGCGUUUAUGGUGUAAAAUUAUUUACUCUGGGAGGAUUGUUAUUGUUGUAAAAUGGUUCUUACCAUAAAAAUGUUGUGAAAUGGUAAGUUAGGAAUUCAUGACCAAAUUUAAUGCGUC